AUGUUUUAAAAAACUCAAAACAAUUAAUAUAUGAUUGAUUUAUGUUAAGCUUAAGUGUUUCUUGAAAAAGGAAAGCAAAAAAAAAUGUAUUACAAGAUAUUAAAAAAUUAAUAACAAGAAAAUAAUUAAUUCAAUCAAAUAGAAAUUGAUUAAGCCUAUUCUGCUUAUAGAAAAUAUUUUCAAGAUGCAGCAAUUUUAUUUGAAAAUAAGCUUAAUGAUUAAAUUAUAGCUGCUAAUUCAUAUUAUUCAGGAAAAUAUUUUGAAUAAAGUAUCAUUAUCUUUUUAAAUAAAAAUAAACUACCUGAAGCAGCUAAGGCAGCUGAAAAAGCUCAACUUACAUUGAUGGCAGCUAUUAUUUAAUUAAAACUAUCUAAUAUCGAUAAAUGUAUUUCAUUAUUAAGAAUUGAUGUUGAUAAUAGUUGUUUUUAUUUAGAAGUACUAAAUUAUGCUAAGAAGAAUAAUUUAAUAAAUCAUUCCAAGUUAAAAGAAGAACUCUAAUUCAUUGAGAAAUCUCAAAAUAAUAUAUUUAAAUAACUACCUUAGAUGAAAAUUUAACAUAAUUUAGAAGAUUUAUGUAAUUCUUAUAUUAGGACAAGAACUUAAUUCAUUAAUACUUUUAAUAAAUAAAUAAAAUUAUUCCUAAAUUCCUCAUUUAAAUAAAAUGAUUGGUAUACUAAUUUAUUCGAUACAGUCUAGAUUUUUUCAAAUAUUAUAAUAGAGGAAGUGAAAAGAUAAAGUAUUAAGAAAGAAAAUUCUUAUUUUUAAUUUUUAGAGAAUGAAUUUUAGAAAUCUUUGAUAGAUUAUGCUAAUAGAGAUAUUUAAUAUUUUGUUGUAUCAUAUUUAGAAGCCAUUGAAUGUUUUGAGCUUUUAAAAAUUUUAAAAACCAAUCGAACUCAUCUUUAUCAACUUGAAUUAUCUCCCCAUGAUCCAAACAAUUUAAUUAAUAAAAUUGGUAGUUAAUUAGAUUUAUAAUAUUUUAUAUUUAAAAAAAAAAUGUUCUAUUUGUCUGAAGAUUAACUUUAAUAUUAUAAUAGUUAGAAAUAUAAAUAGAUAAAUGAUACUUAAUUUUAAAUCUUUCUAUUAACUCAUGUAUUUCAUACUUUUUAAACUUUUUAGAAACAAAAUUAAGAUGGUUUAAGUUAAUGUAAGAAAAAGAUUGAGAAUGAAUUGAAUAGUAAAAGUUAUGUUAAAAUUUUAUUUUGUGUAGAACAAGAAUUAUAAAUUCAAGAAUUCUAAAAACUUUUAUAAAAUAUGCUAAAUAAUAAUAAUUAAACAUAGAAUAUUGUUGAUAUAACUUUAAAAAAAUUAAAUAAAGUAUUUUCAUUAAAUUUAAAUAACUAAUUAAAACACCUUGAAGAAUUAUUUAAUAUCGAUUUUAAAUAAGAUCAUAUUAAAUAAGUAGAAUAAUAUACUACAUUAUUUUAUGUACUAUUUAAAUUUCAUUUUGAGAAUCGAAAAAUGGAUGAAAUAUUCGAAAAUAUAUCAUUGCAAGCUUGUUUUAAAAUUAUGUUUUUAUUAUUGUCUGGAUCAUUAUUAUAUUAAUUUGACUUUAGAAAAAACUUUUAGAAUUCUUUAUUUAGAGCUAUUAGUAUAGUAUUUAAAAUUUACAUAUUUUAAUCUGACUCUCUAAAUUUUAUAGGUUAAGCAUUUGCUGUUAUUUAAAAAGAUAGCUAUUUGAAAUUAUUCAACAAGGAAGGUUCAAUUAAUUUGGAAGGUGGUUGUUAUUUAUUUGAUUCAAUAAAAGUAAUUCAGUAAAUUUAAAAAAAAUUCAUUAAUUUAAUUUUCAACAUAAAGCCAACUUAAAUUUGUACAAAACUAAUCUUCCAAAAUGAAAAGGAAAAGAAAUUAGUUAAAAUUGAGGUAACAAAAGAAGAAGAGUUGAUUUUUAUUGAAUCAUUAAAAAAGUUAAUGUAAAAAACUAAAUAGGAAAAAGAAAAUAAAAAUAAAAAUAAAAAAGAAAAUAAAAAUAAUUUGCUCAAAGUAAUCAUAAAUCUAAAUUUCUUAUUAUCAUUUACAAAUAUUAGUUUAAACAAUAAUUUUUAAUUCCUUUAAGCAGUUGAUGUGUCAUAUCAUUUAAGAUUUUAUGAAGUUAAAAGAAAUUGUGUGAGCAUUUUUGCCAUUAUACUUUGGUUUAAAUUUAUUCAAUCCAAAUCAGUAAGAUCGGAUUUUUUAAGCUUAUAUUAGGAUGUUUAACUAUAAUAUGAAGUUACUUAUAUAGUUCUUUGCUUACUUUUGUCUUUUGCAAGUUUGAAAGAAAAUAAUCAUAUAAAAUUAGAUGUAACAGAAUUUGAAUUUAUCAAAUUUUAAGAAUAAUAAAUUAAUUAAGAAGAAAAAGAAGAAGGCAUUGACACAGAAUCGUCAAAAGCUUAAAAAAACGAGGAUAGAAUUGAAUUUUGGAAAAAAUAUUCAGAUGCUUAUGUUAAGUUAAAAAAAUUAUAUUAUGAUGAAGAGAAUUAACAAAAUAUUCAGAAUCCUAUUAAGUAUAUGUAAUUCAAUCUGAUAUUAACAAGGGAACUUUUCGAAUAUAUAUAAAUUCAUUUAUAUUAAAAUGAGGAAUUAAUAUUAGAUAACAAUAAUUUCAUGAAGGACUUUGCCACUUUUCCUUUGCUUUGUGAAUGUGUGUUAAAAGUUAUUAUAAAUAUAAUCUUAAAAUCAAGAGAAAAUUAAGAACAUAAUCUUAAUUAUUAUUUAAAAUUGUUUAAGGUAUUAAUAAUAAAUCUAAAAUAAUUAACAAUAGACUAAACUAAUAUUUUUUCUUAAAAUCUCCUAAAUAUAUUUUAAGAGCUUGAAAAAGAAAAAAUUUUAAAUCAUGAUAUAAUGACGGAUACUAAAAAUAUUCUCCAUUAGUUUAUGUCUUCAGAUGGUAUUUUUGGUAUUGUUGAAAGUUACAGUCUAAAUACAAAUUAUUCUUAAAAUUAUACUAAAGUCAAAUAAGAUGAAACUAAUAGUCUCAUUACUUAUUAUAAGUUGAGAAUGAAUUUGACUGGAAAAUCAACUUUAGAAGAUAAAAAGGUUGAGAAAGUUUAUCAAAAAAUUUAUUAAUUAAAGAGGUAAAUUUUUUAAUUUUAUAUUAGUUUUUUAAAUGAAGUUGCUUUAAAUGCUAAUUUGAAUUUUUAUGAGUUUUCUCAAAUAAAUGAAUUAAUAUAUGAUAUUGAUCUACUGGAAAAAAGUAUUGAUUAGAACAAAUAAUUUUAGAAAUUGGCUUAAUACAAUGA